AUGGCUCUACAUGUAAUCACGAUACUGCUGCUUGCUAUCUGCACCUCGAUAUCUCAAGCUCUUUACCCCACCGACCUGAUCUACCAAUACAAGAACGGCACCUGGCUCGAGAACAUCGCAGUUCGCUCAAAUGGCGACAUUCUAGUCACAUCCAUUCUCUCAGCCGAAGUAUUCUCGAUCAACCCCACCACACGCCAGAGCACCCUUGUCCACCGCUUCUAUCCAGACGAAAACCCCCUUGGCAUCACAGAGUCCUCCCCGGACAUUUUUCAAGUCAUCAUCGUUCGAAACCUUGACCUGACAGGCGGCCCACACUGCGAAGCCAACAGCACAGCGAUCUACAGCUUUGACUUCAACCAGCCCAACAGCUCAGGGACAAAUACGUCACGUGAAAUUGACACCUUGUCCUGGAACCCCACAAGUCACACAUCACCCACCACGUCCGCCCAAAACCCCCCGGCAGCACGGCCAGCUCUUCUCCACCCCAGUUAA